GUUGCCAGGGCCCCGCCAGUUGCCUUCUGGCAGUUUACCUGCGUGCCGCCAGGCAUUCCUGGUGGAGGCCCCCUCGGGGGCCCUGGACAGCGGGAGUCAGAAACAGCGCCAGGGCCAUUUCUGGCCCGAGCCCUCGCGGCACCCAGGCGCGCAGAAUUUGCUUGUCGGAUCUUCCCCUAGAGACCGGCACCUACAUGGGCGGCGCCACGUGGGGGCUCGGCCUGCUGCGCAAGGAGCAGGAGGCGGGCUUCGACUUCGUGGUGGCCUCGGCCCCAGCCCUGGCCCGAGGCCGCGACGCCGGGAGCGCGCCGGGGCCGUCGGCCCGCGCCGCCGCGGGCGCGGCCUGCGCCCAGGGCCCCGGCGGCGAGCCGCGCAGCAGUGCCCGCCGUGCGCGCCAGCCGCCCAAGCUGCACGGCGUGUCGUGGCAGGAAACGGUGCAGGUCGCCAUCUUCGAUGUGCUGGCCAGCUACGCGCUCGGCCGGGCGGCGUGCGCCGGCCUGGUCCCUCGCUCCAUCGGCGUCGCAAUAGAUCCGCUGUCCCCGAGGGGCGUCCGUGUGCUCGAGGCGGAGGGCAUGCCCUGCAUCCCCGAGGACAAGGCCCUGGCCUGGUGCGUGCGAGAGGGCAUCCGCUCCGUGAGGGACUGCUGGGCAGAGUCCGCCAGCCUCGUGUACCUCUUCGAGGGAGAGGGCAUCCCCCUGCUGGCGCCGGAGAGGGCGUCGGCCAUGGGCCCGGGCCGCCCGCGGCCGCAGCGGCGGCGGCUCGCCUGUCCCCAGUUCCUGCUCCACGCGAGGGAGGCGCUGCUCGGCCGAGGGGCCGGGAACAUCAAGAAGGGGCGAGUCGUGAAGCGUGUCGUGCCCGUGGCCCUCGUCAAGGGCGAGGGCUAGGUGGGUGGCCAGCCGGAGUCUGCCGGGCGUGCCCCGCGGUCCUCGUGAGAAAGCCGGCCAGGCUCUGCCCGGUUGGCUGCAGGCCACCCGACGGAAGUCCCAGGACGGAGGAUUUGCAUACAGGGUCAGUUCGUUAUCAGGCCCCACAGCUGCCCACGUAGAGUUCUGCCCGAAGAGAAGCUGUUUUGAUGGUUGGGCUGCGAGAGCUUGAAAGGCAAACAGCUUUGUCUCCCAAGGCGGGUCACACCAGUGCCCACGUUUUCAGCCAAUCAGGCCUUCGCCGCCACAUUUCAAAGCGACGUCGGAACACAAAAUGGUUGCAUGGUUGGCGGAGUGGUGUCAUCGUUUCAGUGGCAUUCGACAAGUGCCGUUGCCUACAUAACUUUUUUCUAUUGUUGCACGUGCAUUGCUGAUUCGCAGCGUAGCGAUCUAAUCGGUGCCCAGCAGGAUCGAAGAUGGCACUCGUUCGAAUGGGUAGGGCCCUGUUGGCUCAUGCAAUGGCGCAAAAAGAGGGCCAGAGGGUUGAUGGGAGGGUGUAUGGAGACCACCUCUUUAACAGUACCUUCGCGAAACGCUCAAUGGGCCCGGGCGGUUGGGUGAAUGGUUUCGGCUCAGUUGGGUGGGCUGGAGGCC